UGUGAAACAAAUGUGCGUACGAAACGCCAUCAAAAACUGCGCUCCGAAUUGUGAAUGUGUUAAUUUCGUAAUUGUUGCUAUAUACACAUGAAAUGUUUGUGUGAUUAUGCAUAUGAUCUGUAAUCGAACGGUUUGUUUUAUUGUAUCUAGCAAUUUGACGCCGACGAACGACACUCGGUUUGAGUUGCAGAGCAUUUGAUAUAUUAAUUUAUUAUUAGUCGUUGCUCACAGGCGAAUGGUUAAGGUUGUGAUUUUGAAUUGCUGCGCAUUUGAUUUGAAGUGAGUUGACCGUGUGUAGUGAGUCAAUCGUUCAGGAGAGAAAUCAACAGUCACCAACCAAGACAAUGGAUCCGUCGACUGAUCAAUCGAAAUCUUCUUCGUCGCCAGUCGAUGAAAAAAUUGCCAAACUCAAAAUCGUUUUGGACAAUCCAAAUAACACAUAUUAUUCCGGUCAGACGAUCCAUGGCACGGUUUAUUUGAACUACUCCGAAAUUCGUGGAAUUCAUUUUCGUGUCAUUGGAAAGGCCAAGUGUGCAUGGACCGAAUGGUUUGUACGAGAAUCAAAACCAGCUGACGGCAAAAGUGAAACAUCAGACUCCAGAUAUUAUGGCAAAGAAGAACAUUUGAAUCCGGCUGUGUAUGUUGUCGGUGCAAAAAACGGUCCAUUUAUCACACCGGAGAAGAGCUACCGAUUCUCGUUUGAAUUGAAAUCUGACCUCCCGUCAACUUUUCGCAGUGAAUACGGCGAAAUCAAGUACAAAAUGAAAUUCGUUGUCGACAAACGAUGGUGGAAUGAGAAGCAAAAAAUUACGUUUAAAGUUAUUAAAAAUGUGAACUUGAGCCAAAUACCCGCAACGUUGCAGCCAUUUGAGAAUCAACUGACAAAAACCUACGGCAUGAUUGACUCGGGUCCGAUCAGCUUACACGUGGCAAUUCCAAAGCGUGGAUUCAUACUUGGAGAGAAAAUUCCAAUUACGGUGACUGUCGCCAAUUCGAGCAAACUGCACGUUGAAAAGCUGAAAUAUUUCCUGUACCAAUUUGUGGAAUAUCACAGUACGGCUCCAAGUGAGCGUAUCAGAACCGAUAACAAGCGUAUUUUGAAGAAGGAAUGUGACGGUGUAACGAAAAAGUCGGAGCAAAAAUUUGAGCUUGUAAUUGAUGUACCAGAAGAUCUACCGCCGAGUCAGGAUAAAGCAUCGAGUCGCUUGAUUCACAUCAAAUAUGAGGUGAGAGUCGAAGCAAAACUUGGAACUCUUCAAAAGAACCUAGUCAUUCAGACUCCAAUCACAAUCGGCACUGAGCAAGUUACACUUCGACAUUGGGUGCCACAACCACAAUCACCGAAUCCUGUGUUGUCUCAUGUACAUUCUUACAUGAGUUUAGAGAUUUUGCCACACGAUCAAAGCAAUAGAUCAUCUGUGUUGUCACAAUUUCCCAUUUCACCAAUGUACACCAUUUCACCGUCAUACCCAGUUCCGAUUUCACCAUCAUAUCCACAAGCAUAUGUCAACUCGCCAAUCGGCUUGGUGUCAAACCCAUCGAUCGGAUCACAUAUGAAUCGAUUUUCAUGUUCAUCACAAAGCCCACAACAGAUCAAUCCAUACCAACCGACCGCACCACCAAUUUCUCCGCAUGAUUUCAAUGCAAGUGUUGCAGAUCGACCGACAUCGCUGUUUGUUCCACCUUCCUACGAUGAAGCAUGUGGCAAUUCGCAAGGCCUUCGCUUUAAUCAGUCAAACUACACAGCUCCUGCGGCUUUGAAUAAUAUUCCAAGCAAAUCCUAGAUUAGACAGUGGAAACGAUAAACUGUACUCACGAUUAUUUUGAUUUAAUUUGACAUAGUUUUAUUUUUUGAUAUGAUUAUGUAAUUGGAAUUAAGUCUUUAUAACAAAUUCAGUCGUUUCAACGAAAAAUUCGUUUUCUAUUUCAUACUCCAUUUUGUUUCUAAGCCAUAGUCUAUACUUUAGCAAUGAAACAGAAUGAUAUCAAUGUGCCAUUUGCUCAAACUUUAGCUUACACCUAGUUGAUAGAUGAGUUUUAUCGUAAAUUAGCUCAGGAAUAUACAUUUUCAUUUCAUGUCAGGCCAAAAAAAAACCUGAGUUUAACUACUUUUCUCAAAUUUGUUUUAGCGUUUACUUUAGUGAUAUAUUUAAUUUUUUUUUCUACCGUAAGUUAUCCAGUAUUUUUUCUAUGUUCAAACGCACUUUCUGCCUUAUUCUAUUUGAAAUUUUGAAAAUGAAAUAAAUGAAUAAAAGAAAAUGAAAAGAAA